UGUAGAAAAUGAAUCAUACAAAUCAUCAUCAUCAUCAACAUCAUCAUCAACAACAACAACAACAACAUCAUCAUAAUCAUCAUCAUCAUCAUCAUUCAGAUUCGAUACAUACUAUGUCGACUACAACAACAACAACAUCAGAAUUGGAUACAAUUACAAAUAAUAAUAUUUAUUAUAACAAUGAUAAUAAUGAUAAUAAUAAUUAUAAUUAUAAUAUAAAUAAAAUGAAUGAAACUGAUCAUGAAUUAUUGGAAUUAUUAUUGGGACCAGUUCGUGAUCCAUUAGGUACUGUUGUACCAAUGUCAAUAUUAUAUAUUGUUUUAUUAACAACCGGUACAAUUGGUAAUGUUUGUACUUGUAUUGUAAUUGCACAUAAUCGUUAUAUGCAUACGGCAACAAAUUUUUAUCUAUUUUCAUUGGCUAUUUCUGAUCUAUUAUUAUUAAUACUUGGCUUACCACAAGAAUUAUUUUUAUUAUGGCAAAAAUAUCCAUAUAUUUUUGGUGAAUUUUUUUGUGUUGUACGCGGUCUAUCAUCGGAAACAUCAACAAAUGCAUCAAUAUUAACAAUAACAGCAUUUACUGUUGAACGUUAUGUUGCUAUUUGUCAUCCAUUAAAAUCACAUACAAUGUCACAAUUACCACGAGCUAUUAAAACAAUAUUGGUGAUAUGGGCUGUUAGUGCUAUUUGUGCCUUGCCUGUAGCCUGGCAAUUUGGUAUCAUUUUCAUGAUCAAUAAAACAUCAACAUUACGAAACAUAUCUCGACAAUGUGGUAUGAAAGUUAUUUAUAUGCAAUAUGGUUUUGAAACAUCAGCAAUCGUAUUUUUUCUUGUACCAAUUACAUUGAUUACCAUAUUAUAUGUAUUGAUUGGUAUUAAUCUUCGUAGAAGUUCACAACAACAUCAAAGUAUUAUAUUGACUAUAAAUCGUGAACAUUAUCAACAACAACAACAACAACAAAAUAAUAAUAAUAAUCAACAGCAACAUUAUACAAUUACAAAAAAUGAUCAUCCAAAUAAUCAAUUAUUAACAUCGAAUGCAUUAACGACAACUACGACAACGACGGCAACGGCAACAACAUCAACAUUAAAACCAUCAUCAUCAGCACGUGAAUUAUCAACUAUGAAUUAUUCGAAUUCGAAUCAAAAAGAUAUGAAUAAUAAUAUGAAUAGCCAUCAUCAUCAUUCGAAUCAAAAUCUACAAAAUCAACAAUCAUCGACGACAACAGUAACAACAAAUCAUCGAUCAAGUAUUCUAUAUCAACGUAAUAAUUCUAUUUCAAGUUCUUAUCAGAAACAGAUUGCCUCAAGAAGAUCAGUCAUACGGAUGUUAGUGGCCGUUGUAAUAGCCUUCUUUUUUUGUUAUUCACCAUUUCAUGCUCAACGUGUAUUAGCUACAUCGAUGCAUCGUUAUAAAAUACAAUCAUCAACAAUACAUUAUGUUUAUGUAUUAUUAACACAUAUUUCGGGUAUUACCUAUUAUUUAUCAGCAACAAUAAAUCCAAUAUUAUAUCAAUUAAUGUCAAGAAAAUUUCGUUUAGCAUUUAAAGAUACAUUUGGUAAUUGUUGUCCUUGUUGGCGACCAUCAAUGCCCGAAAUAACAUAUAAUUAUAUGAAUAUUGUUGGACCAGUUAGUGGUGGUGGUUCAACAUAUCAACUAAAUCGUAUACCAUCAUUUCAAAAUAAUUAUCAAUAUCGUCGGCCAUCAAGUUUUACAAAUAUUGAUCAUCCUACACAACAUUUACGUAAUCAUUCAUCAAUGAAAUCAAUACAUUCAUUUGAUCCAAUUAUAAUAUCACCAACAACAGGUAAAGCUAUUUUAGGUGAACCAACACCACCACGAACACCAUCAUCAAUUUUACAAUUUCGUUUGGAUUGUCAAGAAAAUGAAUCAAUAUCCGAUUCAAUGUCAACAACAACAGGAAUUGAAAAAAAUAUUGAUCAACAUAAUAAUACGAUUAAUACUAAUACGGAUAUAAAUCAAAACAAUGAUGAUGUUAAUAUUGCAAUGCAUAGUAACAAUGAACAACAAUCAUCCAAAUCAUCAUCAUCACAUUCAACAACAACAACAACAUUGGUAAAAUUUAAACAAUUUCUUGAAGUACCUUCGGUAAAAUUCUAGUCUGCGAUUCAUUCAUGCAAAAAAAUAUACACACACACAUAGCAAACAGACAACAACAACAACAAAAUGAAAUGAAAUGCUUCAUCGAUCCGGAUAUAUGGAUACGGUAUAUAAUUUUUUUUUGUUUUGUUUUGUUUUGUUUGUUGGCCAAGAAUCAAAUGAAACAAAUUUUUGCUUAACAUUACAUACAUUAUUGAACAAAUAUUAUCGAUUCUUAUCGAUA